AUGUGUUUGAGGAAUUUUCUUGAUUUUUAUGAGAAAUUGCAGCACUUUUACAAAUGUAUCCUUCCCAAUUUGUUCACAGAGUCCAAACUGAACCUAAGCAUGCCCCUGUCCCAGUCAGUGGCCCACUCAUACCAGCAGGGCUCCAUCAGGAUGACUCUGGAGAACGCAGAGCUGUGGAAGUCCUUCCAUCGCAUCGGAACAGAAAUGAUCAUAACAAAGCAUGGGAGGAGAAUGUUUCCACACUGCUGCAUCAGCCUGUCGGGCCUCCAACCUUUCACCAGCUACGUCAUCAUGGUGGACAUGGUUCCUGUGGACGGCUUCAAAUACAAGUGGAAGAGGGAGCAGUGGGAAGUGGCGGGGAAGGCAGAGCCCCAGCCCCCGUGUCGGACGUACAUGCACCCCGACUCCCCGGCCGUGGGGGGUCACUGGAUGAAGCAGUCGCUGUCCUUUCUUAAGAUGAAGCUCACGAACAACACCUUGGACCAGCAUGGCCAUAUCAUCCUCCACUCCAUGCAUCGUUACUACCCGCGGUUUCACCUGAUCCAGGCAGACAGUCCGUACACGGUCCGCUGGGGCUCCGUUCAGACCUUCUCCUUCCCAGAAACAGUGUUCACAGCCGUCACCGCCUACCAAAAUCCAAAGAUUACCAAAUUAAAGAUUGACCACAACCCUUUUGCUAAAGGAUUCAGAGAAGGAGGCACGCAUUCUCAUGGGAAAAGGUGUCGUUCUAGUAAAAGCCCUCCUGCAAAAAGGUCCACAGAAGAUAGGAAAGAUCUUUGUAGUCAUUCUCCAGACCUGCAGGGGAGGCCCUCUCCACCUCGGUCAGUGCAGUCAGAGAAGCACCAGGCUUCCUCACAGAAGUCAGGUCACCUCCCCAACUGGACCCUGGAGCAGGACUUAUCAGAAAGUCUACAUGCUGAGCCCCUGGAGCUACAGGAGUACGACUACAGCUAUGACGAGCAGAUGGUGCCCGCAUCACUGCCCUAUCCGCCUUACAGGUCUUUGGAAUAUGCCAGACUCCCGUUCUCGUCGUACAGUGACUCAGAUCCCACACAGACUAACAUCCACCCUCCACCUCACCCCCCUCCCACAGCUAAACAGGCCACGAAUCAGCAGGGCUACCAACAGAAUCCCCACCAACACAGCAAUGCAGUCGAUUGGAGCCAGUACCCACUUUUCUCCUAUUCCAAUUGGUGAAUUUUUACCAUUUAUAAUGGCAGCAUCUUUGACAAAUGAGGAGAUCCUAAACAGAAUCAAAGGAAGAGGGAAAAUAUUCUAUUAUGAGUGGACACACAAAUGCAAGUCUCACGUUUGUGCUAACAAAAAGCAAUGAACCAUUUUCAAAAGUGCCCAAAAUAUGCUAAACUUUUCAUGCAUGGCUACACACUGUAACUCCUUAACCUCCUGAGACCCUGCGUCCCCAUAUGAAGAAAUUUUUGCCUCUCUGUACCAUGAUGCGUCUUUUAUUUGUUUUAACAUCUUGUCCUCAUAGUAGACAUUAUCGGACACUAAUGUUUGUAAUCUAAAAUAAAAUGCUUUUAUGCGUUUCCAACCAACCGUGUCUUUAUUGUGUUGAAGAUUUUG